AUGCGGAAACGGAAUCGCACCGGCAGCACUGCCAGCCAGGCGAGCGUUGUCAGCGUUGUCAGCGUUGCCAGCGUCAGCACGAGUAAGACCGAGGGUCGCGAGAGUCGCGCGGUCCGUUCGAGAGGAGGCCGCGGCCGAGGCGGCUCGAUGGCGACUAGGGGCAGGGGCAAGACUAGCGGUGGCAGAGUCACCAAGAACAAGACGACGGCGACUACGGCCAAGGCUAAGACCAGAACCAGGUCCAACACGAAGACGAGGCAGCAGCAGAAGCAGAAGGACGAUGACGAGGAUGGUGAUUUCACGGCAUAG